UCCUCCGGCAGGAAAACAGCCCAUCCAGUGCUUCAGAUGUGGAGCGUUGUGCAAAGGAGAGGCGCUGCGAGUGCAGAGCAGCUACUUCCACAUAAGGUGUUUCACAUGCAAGGUGUGUGGCUGCGACUUGGCUCAGAGCGGCUUCUUCAUGAGGAGCGGCGACUGCCUCUGCCCGGUGGACUUCCAGCGCCUUCACGGCACGCCCUGCACCAGCUGUGGGGACUUCGUGGAGGGGGAGGUGGUCACUGUCCUGGGGAAGUCCUACCAUCCAGCCUGCUUCGUGUGCACCGUGUGCAGACGGCCCUUCCCUGCAGGGGACUUCGUAACCUUCAGGGGAAAAGACUGCCUCUGUCAGCGCUGUACUGAACCUGUGUCUCCUUCUAAUCAGAUCCGUCAUCCCAAUAACUGUUCCGGAUGUGGCAGAGAUAUCAAAAACGGCCAGGCCCUGUUGGCCCUAGGAGGUCAGUGGCACAUCGGUUGCUUCAAAUGUAAAGCCUGCCGCAGGAUCCUGAGCCGGGAGUACAUCAACAAAGAUGGCGUUCCUUACUGUGAGAGGGACUACCAGACUCAGUUUGGGGUCAGAUGUGAAGCGUGUCAACGGUUUAUUACAGGAAAAGUCCUUGAGGCUGGUGAAAGACACUUCCACCCAGGUUGUGCGAGAUGCAGCCGAUGUGGUAAAAUGUUCACAGAGGGAGAGGAAAUGUACGUUCAAGGUUCAACGAUCUGGCACCCAAACUGCAAAGACAACGGCAGAGCAGAGGAGAGCUGCAGAGUCAGCAGAACAAAGACUCCCUGUCUUGAUUUCCUUUUCCCCCCUCAUGAACUAAAGCCCAUCAGAUCUUCAUCUGAGAGCUCCUGCUCCAGGCCGGGCUCCUGCACGCCCAGCAGCCCUGGCAGAACCAUCUGUGCAAAAGUAGAUAAUGAGAUCAUUGAUUACCGAGACUUAGCAGCAAUUCCCAGAGUCAAGGCUAUAUAUGAUAUAGAGCAUCCAGACAUGAUAUCCUAUAAGCCGGUGAACCUCAACUCCUCUGCUGUGGAAGACAGAGGAAACACACAGAACAGACGGAGCCUGACAGAGUCUCCAGGAAACGUGUCUGAAACCACAGAGGAGAGUCUGGAGACGAGAACACCUGUGCCAAAAUCGUCAAGUUUUGGAUAUUUUGGAGGUCAGACCAUGAGUUACCGUCACAGCUACAGUCCCGCUCCGUCCAGCUCACCGCAGCACUUCCACCGGCCAGAUUCUCCCUCUUUGCUACCCGGAAACAAACACGACACCUGCCCCACCUCUCCUUUAGGCCUCCACUCCCCGCCUAAAACAAGAGACGAAGGCUUCGGUCUCUACAGGAGGCCUCCGGUUUAUAAACAGCAAGAUCCAGAUUUCUCCAUACCCCAAACAGCUUCUCUGCCCAGAUACAGCCACAACUUCCUGAGUUUGCCUCAGUCAGCCGGUUACUGCCACACCUACAGCGACAGAUUCAACUUCAAGCUCACCAGCGAUGAUCUGCUCCCACUAACGCGAACGGACAGAGGAGUGUCUAUGCCUAAUUUACUGGAACCUAAAGUCUACCCGUACGAGUUGCUUAAAGUUACCAACAGAGGCCGGGUGAAGCUUCCUAAGGAUGUUGACAGAACAAGGCUGGAGCGCCACCUGUCUCCGGAGUCAUUCUCCGAUAUUUUUGGGAUGAAAAUCCAAGAAUUUGACCGACUUCCGCUUUGGAAACGUAACGACAUGAAGAAGAAGGCAAAUCUCUUCUAAAUGUUUGCUAUUGUCAAGAUUUCUCUCUGUUUGUUGAUGUCUGAAAUUUAACAUUUGCUACCAUCCAACAGUAGGAUUAGUAAGCAUGUAGAAAGUUUUUUAAUUUGUUGUCUGCCAACACUUUUUGAAGCAUAAAUCAGCAGCUGUGAAGGUAUUUUUGAUACUCUGAUCUUAGAAACUGGAGAUGUUCUCCCUCGCCUUUUAGUGCAAUAAUGUUUAUUCUGGCAUUCAUCAUAACAACUUAUUUAUUUACAGAUGAAUUAUUACUGAUUUAUAAACAUAAAAAAAACUGAUAACAAAAACAAUGUUCCUAUUUCUGGAAGUUCUGGUUAUGUUUGUUUGACUUUAAUGAUUUUUGUUGCAUUUGGAAUAUUACUGAGACAAUUUCUAACAGUAAAAAGAGAAGAUUGUAACUGUCCUAACUUUGUCCAUUCAUGUUACCUGAUAACACAACAGUUCAGCAUCGUUAGAUACUGGAUAGAUGACCUUGUAAUUUAAGCAAAAGAAGCAAAAAAUGUGGUUUUCGUAUCUCGGUUUUUUCCUAAACAUCAUAGCUGGUUAAAUGAUUCCGAUGGCCUUCAGAAAAUGUACAUAAAAUCUGAUUAUUGUGAUUAUUUAAUGUCUUUUUAGUUAUUUGGUUUAUUUAAUUUUUGAGUUAAUGUGCAAAACAAUGACUUUUGUUGAAUGGUGUCAUUGAAAAGAUGACAAAAUUCCAUAUAAAUUAAAGUGAAAUCAUGCAUGGAUGACUAACAGGAACAUUGCGUUCUUGGUUAGACGCUCUGAAACAUGAAAUUCUUCACUGAACUGCUCACUCUUUUUCUUCCAUUUUAUUGCUUAUCUCAUUUUACUUGGAUCCACAUGUAUAUACAUGAAAUUAGGAGGGACUGUGUGAAUAAAUUAUCACUGAAAUGUUUUUAAGUACAAGUAAUAUAUCUGGAUACUGUUUGCAGAUGCUUUUCUGUACAUGUUUUACCACAUUUGCAUCUUUACACCCAUCUUCAAGCAGCAAAAAUAAAAUAUUCCUUCUCACCA